AGCCACAACAAGACAGAGAGAUACCCGAUCGCCACCGCCGACCGGACUCCCCUCAAAGGCGGCCACAGCACAGCGAGCAUGGGAGACCGGCAUCAGCAUGGGCCUGGCAGCGGCGUGGAGGACCCGGCGACGCUGCUGCGGCGGGUGCAGACCCGCGCGCCCAACUCGACGCAGGUGGUGGGGUUCCUGACGCUGCUCGUCUCUGGCGCCGUGCUGCUGCUGCUGACGGGGGUGACGCUGACGGGCGCCGUGGUGGCGCUCGUCUUCCUGGGCCCCAUCGCGCUGCUCACCAGCCCCAUCUGGGUGCCCGUCGCCGUCGUGAUCUCCGCCAUCGUCGCCGCCGCGCUCUCCGCCUGCGCCUUCGCCGCCGCCGCGCUCCCCGUGGCCACCUGGAUGUACCGCUACUUCACGGGCCGCCACCCCGUGGGCGCCGACCGGGUGGACUACGCGCGCAGCCGGAUCGCCGACACCGCCAGCCACGUCAAGGACUACGCGCGCGAGUACGGCGGAUACCUGCGCACCCGCGCCAAGGACGCCGCGCCCGGCGCGUAGGCGCGCGCCGCCCGGCGUGCAUGUGCUGCAACCCCCGUCCGUGGUGCCGCUAGCUAUAGGUCAUCAUUGCUGUCGUCGUCGUCGUCUUAGUUCCUCUUGCAUUGCGUGUGCGUACUCUGCUCCAAUCAUCCCCCGCCCGUGUUGUCAAGCAAUUUCUGGUCCUCUUGCUUGCUUUCUCUAGGAGAUGCUGUUCAUUUCGAUCUCUUGGCGCAAUUUGAUCUUUCGCUUGGUGUAAUUAGGUCAUUAGUUAAAUCAUAAGAGACUCGUGUUCAUGGUCUUUCUCACAACCUUAAAACAACUAAUUGUUGUUGAAAAGAAUAUAUAUAGGUAACCUUGCUCAGUUUUCGUCGAA